AUGUUCAAUUAUCGAUUUGCGACCCAACUCACCAAUAUCAAAUGGGUCAACGUGUUUUCGCCGUGGGACCGCCAAAAAGCCUAUUUUGCCGUCCUUCUCUGGUUCGUUUUGAUCUACCCGAUAUGCUGUUUGGUUCAAUUUUUACCAUUUUUAUUGUUCUUCACUGAUCAAUGGAUUGCUCUUGCCUUAUAUGGGGCUUGGUAUUAUUACGAUCGCGAGACGCCAAGAACCGGUGGCUAUCGUAGUCUCUGGUUUCGGCAACUUCAGAUCCAUAAAUGGUUCGCCAACUACUUUCCGGUGCGAGUUCACAAAACCGCUGAAUUACCACCAAAUAAGAAUUAUCUACUCGGAUAUCAUCCACAUGGGAUCAUAGGAAUCGGAGCAUGGUCAUCGUUCGGCUUCAAUGGCUGCGGGGCCUUUGAAUUGUUCAACGGGAUCCGAUUCAAUGUCUGCACUCUUCCCGGAAACUUCACAGCGAUGAUUCGAAGGGAAGUGCUGCUCAGCAUCGGGCUCGUUGAGAGCUCCAAAGAAUCGAUCGAGCACAUUCUGGAUUCCGACGAGAAGGGACGAGCGCUGGUGAUUGUUGUUGGCGGCGCCGCCGAAGCGCUCGACGCCCAUCCCGGCAAGCAUACGCUCACAUUGGCGAAUCGCAAGGGAUUCGUGCGAGAGGCGCUGAAGACGGGAGCCCAAUUGGUGCCGGUUUACGCGUUCGGCGAGAAUAAUGUGUACAAGCAGGUCGACAAUCCGGAAGGAUCGUUCCUGAGAAAGUUCCAGGAGUGGGGCAAAAGCAAAACGGGCAUCUCGUUGCCGCUGAUUUAUGGAAGAGGGUACUUCCAGAUGGGUCUUGGCUUCCUUCCUCUAAACAAGCCCGUCAAUGUCGUCGUUGGAGCACCUCUAGAAGUCACCAAGUCGACCAAUCCCACCCAAGAAGAAAUCGACGAGCUCCACAGGAAGUAUAUGAAGGCGCUUAGCGAGUUAUUCGAUGAGCACAAACUUCGUUUCGGUGUUGAUGAGCAUGUCAAACUCAUUUUCCAAUAG